AUACACUCAUAUUUCUCACACUUAAACACUCUACAUUACUCACUUCGAACAUAAUUAAGCUUCUCUUUUGAUUCAUUCUGAGCUAGUACGUAGUCUUAAAGCCCGACAAAGCUUCACAUGCCCAGCUCAAGUAACUUUUGUGCAGAAAGCUAUUACUGAUCCUAUUGGUGUACCACAGCGCGCAUGACAAAUAUGUUGAAACAGAGGUCAAUGAGAGAUGAAGGAGCAUUGGUGCUGGUGUUCUGCUUAAUCGGAUUAUUUGCAUGCAGAUGUAGGGGAACCGAAUUCCAAAAUUUGUUGUCCAUUAAAUCUUCUAUUCGAGAUCCUUUGGGCUCGCUUUCCUCUUGGAAUUCUUCCACUUCGUUUUGCUAUUGGAAAGGGAUAACUUGUGACAAUUCCUCCCAUGUUAUGAAAGUUGAGCUCUCCGCGAAAAAUAUAUCUGGGAAGAUUUCCGGAUCUGUUUUUCAGUUGCCAUUCAUCCAAGUCAUCGACCUCUCUGAUAAUCAGCUCGAGGGUGGAAUUCCAAGUAAUAUUACAUCUUGUUUGUAUCUUAGAUAUCUCAAUCUAAGCAGCAAUAACUUUACAGGUUCAUUGCCAAAAAGCUGGAUUUCCGGGCUUCAAACACUAGACAUUUCGAACAACAUGUUUUCAGGUGAAAUUCCUGAAGAAAUAGGAUUAAUCUCCAGUCUCAGAGUUCUUGAUCUUGGUGGAAAUGCUUUGGUGGGGAAAAUUCCAAAAUCCAUCAUAAACAUGACAAAUCUUGAAUACUUGACUUUGGCUUCUAAUGAAUUAGUUGGAGGAAUUCCAAGUGAGAUAGGCCUGAUGAAGAAUUUGAAGUUGAUUUACUUGGGAUACAACAAUCUUUCGGGUCAGAUUCCGCGGAGCAUUGGUGAGUUAUCUUCAUUAAAUCAUCUUAAUCUUGUGUACAACAACCUUACUGGUGAAGUUCCACCAUCUCUUGGCAAUCUAUCCAAUCUUGAAUACUUGUUCUUGUACUUGAAUAGCCUCAGUGGAUCCAUUCCUCACUCUAUUCUUAAUCUUCAAAGAUUAAAAUCGCUUGAUUUAAGCGAUAAUCUUUUAUCCGGUGAAAUUCCAGAACUGAUAGGCCAGUUAAACAACUUGCAGAUUCUCCAUUUGUUUUCCAACAAUCUUACAGGGAAAAUCCCAGAUUCUGUAACCUUUCUGCCUCAUCUCCAAGUCCUCCAGUUAUGGUCUAAUAAAAUAUCUGGGGAGAUCCCGAAAAAUCUUGGAAAAUAUAAUAAUCUCACCGUAUUAGACCUUUCUACCAACAAUCUAACAGGAAAAAUACCCGAAACCCUUUGUGAGUCUGGCCAUCUGGCUAAGCUCAUCCUUUUCUCAAACUCACUUGAAGGUGAAUUACCCCAAAGCCUUGGCCGCUGCACGAGUCUACAGAGGAUACGGCUCCAGAACAACCGAUUUUCAGGCCAACUAUCAUCAGAAUUCAUCAAACUGCCACUUGUUUACUUCCUUGAUAUCUCAGGAAACAAAUUCUUGGGCAGGAUCAGUGAGAGAACUUGGUCUAUGCCAGAACUCGAAAUGCUGAACUUAUCACGCAACAAAUUUUUUGGCAAUUUGCCUGAGAGUUUCGGUAGUAAGAACCUGGAGAAUGUGGACUUAUCCGAAAAUGAUUUUUCCGGACCAAUUCCACCAAGUUUUGGGAACUUAUCGGAGCUUGUGCAGUUGAAGCUUAGUAAAAACAAGCUCUCAGGAAACAUCCCAGAAGAAUUAUCCUUCUGCCGAAUGCUUGUGAAUCUUGACCUAAGCCAUAAUCAGCUUAUCGGUAAGAUUCCUAUUAGUUUCUCCGAAAUGCCAGUCCUGGGGCAGCUUGAUUUGUCAUGUAAUCAACUCUCUGGUGAAAUCUCUCACAGUUUAGGCAAAGUGGAGUCACUUGUUCAAGUCAACAUUUCUCACAACCAUUUCCAUGGAAGUCUACCAUCUACCGGAGCUUUUGUCGCCAUCAAACCAAGUGCAGUGACAGGUAACAACUUAUGUGGUGGUUCUACUAGCAGUUUAUGGCCAUGCAAAGGUCUCAAGACUUCUGCUUGGUGGUUUCUCCUGAGCUGCAUUGUAGCGGCUUUAGCCGUUCUUGGACUUUCAGCUUUUGUCAUUCUUCUACUUGUACGAAGAAAAAGGAUUACUAAUCUUCAGAGGAUGGAAAGAAGUGAGGAUGGAAGUUGGGAGCUCCAGUUCAUGCAUGACAAGGCCUGUAAAUGGAUCACAAUUGAUGAUGUUUUAUCGUCUGUUCGAGAUGAAGAUAUCAUCAUAAGAGGCAAAUUUGGAAACUCUUACAUAGGCAAGUCCUCGUUAGCCAACAUGCAUAUGCAGUUCUUGAUUAAUGAUAUCAGCUCAAUUUCUCCAUCGCAAGUUUGUGAAUUUUAUAGGCUCCAGCAUCCAAACAUAGCGAAGCCCAUCGCCAUUUGUAUGUCAGCCAAGGGUGGAUAUUUGGUCUAUGAAUAUGUUGAAGGGAAUUUUUUGAGAGAGAUUAUUUCAAAAAUAAGCUGGGAAAAUCGUAAAGACAUUGCAGUUGGAAUUGCCAAAGCUCUCAAGCAUGUUCAUUCUCAUAGUUCACCGAGUACUCUUCUAUGUGAAAUUUCAAGUGACAAAAUUAUGGUUUCUGAGAAAGAUGAGCCUUGCUUGAGACUGACCUUAUCAGGAACAACUUCAUCAAUGGAUACCAAGUGUUUUCUCUCUUCGGCUUACAUUUCUGCAGAAAGCUGCAGAGAAACCAAAGGGACUACUGAAAAGAGUGACAUCUACGGAUUCGGGCUUCUGCUAAUUGAAUUGCUGACCGGAAGAAGUUCAAGCAGCCGUGUUGAAUUAAGUGUGCAUGAGAAUAUAGUCGCGUGGGCGCGUUAUUGCUACGCGGAUUGUCAUCUGGAGACGUGGGUUGAUCCAAUAAUUAAAGCUUAUGCACUUAAUCAUCACAGCCAAAUUGUGGAGACAAUGAAUCUGGCGCUUCAAUGCACUGCUUGUGACCCGGCGGUCAGGCCGUGUGCUAAUGACCUAGUAAAAACCCUAAAGCGCAUCAUGAUUUCUAGCUCGUGCGUUAUAGAUAUAGAUUGAAUUAACUAGUUAUUAAUUUGAUUUGCAACUUUUUUUUGGUUUUCUAUCGUUAGUUUUCAGGUUCUAAAUCCAGUCGUUCGUAUAUGAGGUUUUGAUGAGUGAGAGUGAUUUGUAGAAUAUAAUCAUGUAUUGCUGGAUUUGAUGACGAAUAUAUAAAAGACAUGCAUGUGGGUUAGAUAUAAACACAUAA